GCGGCCUGUCUUCCAGAAGCCAUGUCCACUACCAGUUCCAGGCCUCCCCACCCAUCGUCCCAGGUUCUGAUGAGCAGCCCCAGUCAAGGAUCCAGCUCCAGGCAGCUAUUAAUAUUACUCAGCCCAGGUUCAGUGGUACAGAUGCCUUUGGAUACACUUCAUUCCUGGCUUAUUCACGGAUCCCAGACAUCAGCUUCGAUUAUGAAUUCCGCUUGAAGUUUCAGCUGGCAAAUAAUCACUCAGCACUGCAAAAUAACUUAAUAUUUUUCACCGGACAGAAGGGCAACGGGUUGGACAGCGGUGACUUCCUGGCCGUGGGUCUGUGCGAGGGCAGUGUGGUUUACACUUACAACCUGGGAGCAGGCACAGCAAGUAUCAGCAGUGAUCCCCUUGACCUGAGCCUUGGCAUCCACACGGUCCGUCUGGGGAGGUUCUUCCACAUGGGCUGGCUGAAGGUAGAUGAUCAUAAAAAUAAAUCCAUCACCUCCCCAGGAAGACUGGUUGGUCUCAACGUCAUGAGUCAGUUUUAUGUAGGUGGCUACGGUGAAUACAUACCAGAUCUCUUACCCAAUGGAGCCGAUUUUAAAAAUGGCUUUCAAGGUUGCAUUUUCACUCUUCAAGUGCGCACUGAGAAGAAUGGCCAGUUCAGAAGUCUGGGAAAUCCUGAGGGCCACCCGAAUGUUGGGCGCAGUGUUGGCCAGUGUAACGUUUCUCCUUGCAGUUUAAUGAAAUGCAGCAAUGGUGGGACAUGCGUGGAGAGUGCAUCCACUAUUUACUGCAACUGCCUCCCUGGGUGGAAAGGAGAACUCUGCAUGGAGACAGUUUCCACCUGUGACCCUGAACAUGUCCCUCCACACCACUGUAGCAAAGGAGCCACUUGUGUUUCAUUGCCUCAUGGGUAUACCUGUUCCUGUCCUCUGGGAACCACUGGAAUCCACUGUGAACAAGCUUUAUAUAUAAGUGAUCCAUCUUUCAGAAGCCAUGAAUUAUCCUGGAUGUCUUUUGCUUCCUUCCAUAUUCGGAAAAAGACACAUAUUCAAUUGCAGUUUCAGCCUCUUUCUGCAGACGGCAUCUUAUUUUAUGUUGCACAGCACUUAAAAGCACAAUCAGGUGAUUUCCUGUGUAUCUCCUUAGUAAAUGGUUCUGUUCAGCUUCGCUACAACCUUGGUGACCAAACUAUCAUUCUAGAAACUCUCCAAAAAGUAACUAUUAAUGGAAGUACUUGGCAUGUGAUUAAAGCAGGAAGAGUUGGUGCAGAAGGCUACCUGGAUCUGGAUGGGAUAAAUGUAACAGAAAAAGCCAAUGCAAAAAUGAGCUCCCUGGACACAAAUACUGACUUCUAUAUUGGAGGAGUGCCAUCUUUAAAUCUUGUAAAUCCUAGGUCAAUAGCAAAUGAACCUGCAGGAUUUCAGGGCUGUGUCCGAGAAGUUAUUAUAAAUAAUCAAGAGUUAAAAUUAACUGAAUUAGGAGCAAAAGGCGGUGCAAAUGUAGGUGACUGUGAUGGGACCCCCUGUGGGUACAAGGUGUGCCGAAAUAGGGGUGAAUGUAUAGUAAAUGGCACAACUUUUUCUUGCAGAUGUUUGCCACAGUGGGCUGGAAGUACAUGUGACCAGUCUGUGCACUGUUCGAAUAAUCUUUGUCUCCACCAAUCUCUUUGUAUACCUGAUCAAUCAUUUUCCUACAAUUGUUUGUGUGCUUUGGGUUGGGUGGGAAAGUAUUGUGAAAACAAAACUUCAUUUUCAACUGCAAAAUUUAUGGGUAACUCUUAUAUUAAAUACAUCGAUCCAAAUUACAGAAUGAGAAACCUUCAGUUCACUACCAUAUCCUUAAAUUUCAGUACUACUGAAACAGAAGGCUUAAUUGUAUGGAUAGGAAAAGCUCAAAAUGAAGAAAAUGAUUUUCUGGCUAUUGGUCUCCAUAAUCAGUCCUUGAAAAUAGCAGUUAACUUAGGAAAAAGCAUCUCUGUACCUAUUAUGAUCUAUAGCAAGGGCACAUUCUGCUGUAAUAAAUGGCACCAUAUAAGUGUAAUUCAAAAUCAGACUGUUAUUAAGGCCUACCUAGAUCACAAUCUAAUUCUCUUAGAGGAUACUGAUCCACACAAAAAAUUUGUUGAUUUAAACUAUGAUGGCAUUAGUUAUCUAGGGGGCUUUGAAUAUGGCCGAAAGGGUGUCAGACGGAUCGGUGGAAUAGAGAGGAAAAAGGCUAUAAAAGGCAUAUAUGGUAAUCAGGCUUUUGUCCCUACCUCCUGUUCUCAAUUCUCACACAACUGGCAUGCAGACUUUGAAGAACAGUAG